GCUAUGCUUAAUCCAUCGUGUAUCUUACAUGCUGCUAGGAUGGAAGGUGGGGACUAAAUAACUGUCACUGUUUGUUUGUUGUAAAGGAUUGUAAAUAGAAACAGAACAAUGAUACUGUGUCGUGUUCUGGAGGGGCGAACCCAAGAAUGAAGAAAGUAUUUGUGGGGAGGCGAGUCGGCGAGGUUCUGUAGCGUGGUAGAUGGGGAGAUGGUCUAGAUGUAUGAAGACGAGUCGUUGAUGGUAUGGUUGGUUGCACGAUGGUCACAUGGGAUUGAUUGAUAGUCCUCGAUGCGAAAUUGGUUGACUCUCGUCCAAUAUUUGUGCAUCUUGAAUAUGAGCGUGGUUGAAUGUUUGAGCAGCACGUUUGGUGAUUGCCAAUUGGGAGCGACGAAGCGAGUGCAAGUACUUCUUCGUUCACCCACAGAAGGCAUUGUACCUAGCUGUCACUUUGACUCUGACUGUGCUCUCCUCGUUAGCUCUUCCUGCGACAACACCAUCAUUCAACAUCUCAAAUUCCCACUACUGAGAUCGAUGGAUGCUCCUGGUGUUCUUCGUCCACCAGGUGUUAAAGGGUCCUGCUUGGUGGAAUCAUCGGAUGACCGUGACACGGCAUGAGUGUCAGUGAAUUGAUGAGUCCUUGAAAUGGUGGGGAAUGCUAAAUGAAAUUCGCCGCAGACAUGGACAGUUCCUAUACUACAAGGCAGCCACAUCAUACGACAAAAGUUAAUAUCCCAUAGUGCUUCUGAUACAACGAG